AUGAUCCCGUCGGAGCUGAUGAACAACAUCGAGUCGCGGAAGCAGAGGGUGUUCAUCAUGCUGGAGGAGGUGCGGCGGCUGCGCGUGCAGCUGCAGCUGCGGACGAGAGACGCGGAGGAGCCGCCGCCGCCGCCGCGCGAGUACGAAUCCGUCGUCCCGGGCUUUCCGCGCAUCACGGAGAACAACUACAACGACUACUACAUCUACUGGUCCGCGGUCGUGAUCGGGUUUCUGAUCUUCGGCGGGCUCAUCGCGCCGCUCGCGGAGGUGAAGCUGGGGAUGGGCGGGACGAGCUACCUGGAGUUCAUCGAGUUCGUGGGCUUACCGCGGCAACUCGCGGAGAUCGACCCCAUCGUCGCGUCCUUCACCGGCGGCGCCGUCGGCGCCAUCAGGCGCGUUCUAUACACUGGUCCCCAUACGACCGCCGCCUUCUUCGCGAUCGAGAUUCAAAACUUUAAGGAGCAGGAGCGGAAGCUGUGCAUGUACUGCAAGGGGACGGGGUACCUCACGUGUGCGGAGUGUUCGACCAGCGCGAGCCCGGGGCGUCUGGUCGACCCCUCGAGCGGGAGUAAGUGUUACUGCGGCGUGUGCAUGGGCACGGCGAAGGUGAUGUGCACGAGUUGUCUGUGCACGGGACGGGGGAUGGUGACGGAGCACGACCCGCGGAUCGAUCCGUUCGAUUGA